AUCAAUAGAGGAGUGAGUAUUUUAUUUUUGUUAUCCAUUCUGUUACCAACUCUUAACCGCAAAAAUGCUCUAUCUCUACUAAAUAAAUAAAUAUUCCACCGUCUUCAAUGGCGCUUCAGCUGCCAUUCCCACUCAUCUCUUCCUCCUUAUCAUCAUCACUCCCAUUGUUAACUUCUUCACACUGCAAAAUUUGCUCAAUUUCCAUCUCACCCUUUACACAUAAACGCCUUUUAUCUCACUCCAAUCUACAAAAUUUUGGAUUUAGUAGCAGAGGCAGAAGCAAUUCUCUGUUUGUGAGUCAAGAAGACACCCAAUUGACUAAUGAGGAAGAAAGUUCCAUUUCCACUGCUACCCAACAAGAUGAUGAUGACCCAGAUCCUGAAUCGCUUGAAUAUGUUUCUCAAAUUAAACGAGUGUUGGAGCUUCUUAAGAGAAAUCGGGAUAUGCUGUUCGGUGAGGUUAAAUUGACUAUAAUGAUUGAAGAUCCCAGGGACAUUGAGCGAAAGCGGCUUCUUGGCAUUGACGAUGAAAAUGCUCCCACAAGGGAUGACCUAGCUUCCUGUUUAGAAGAAAUAAAUGAAGGAGAAGUACCAAAAGAUCGGGUUGCUCUGCAGAUGCUUGCGGAAGAGAUGAAUUCAUGGCCUAAUUUGGAGGUUGAAGCCUUGAAGCAAAAUAAGAGCAGAUCCCUGUAUGCAAAAGCCACAGACACUGGUAUUGAUCCAAAAGAGGCUGCUAAGCGGCUCAAGAUUGACUGGGAUUCAGCAGCUGAGAUUGAGGAGGCAGCUGAUAGUGACGAACCAGACGUUCCUCCAAUUCUGGGAUAUGGAGCUUUAUACUUGGUCUCUGCAUUACCAAUCAUCAUUGGCAUCUCUGUUGUGUUGAUUCUGUUCUAUAAUUCUCUACAGUGAUACACCUUUUGGCAUUUUUGCAGGGUGGAUAAAUUGUCAGUGUACACGAUUUGUCCUUCGAAUCAUAACAAUAGUGGAUACUUAAAUUUUGUUAUAGAAAAUGUAUGAUUGUAUCAGUUGUAAUAUAAGAGCUCAUGAUGUAUUUUGAGUAAAGUCUCCCCUCUCCAGGCAUCAAAUUCAUUAUACAUAUACUUUGUGAAUGUGUGUUUUAGCUAAUAUGUAUGCAAGUGAAUCAGUUAGAUCUCUUGCAUAGGCGACAUUGUCGUUUUGUCUCAUCUCAAUAAUUUAGUUAGUUGUAUAAUUCUAUUA